GCCCAGAUGGUGAUCAAAGUCCAGACCCUCACCUACAGGUCCUUGAUGGAGAGAUACAACGUCACGAGCCUCCGAUUGUUGAAGAUCGACACCGAGGGCUUGGACGCAUUGAUUUUGAGACAGAUGCUGCGCUACGGAGAAGAGGUCGGAUUUUUCCCGGACCGGGUUCAGUUUGAGCGCAACAACCUCACCGACUUCUCGGGGUCUCAGCAGACCUUUGAUGCCCUGCAGGCGGCCUUUGACUGCUGGAUCCCACCAGCGGAGGAUGACGUGCACUGCCUUCGGCUGGUCGACAUUGCGCCAACUCGGCCGACGACGGCGAGUGGCGGCGAAGUGGAUCCGCCUUGGGUCCGUGUGGAGCUUCCCGACCGUCUCCCUGUGGCAGCGGCCACCCUGCCGCAGGUCCGUCUUCCGAGCGGCUUCGUUGCCCCUUUGCACGCUUCCGUUGGCGACAGCCGGGACGCGUCGAAUCACCGUAGCUGCGGGACUCUUCGUCCCACGCUGGAUGGCAUCGCAGCCGUCCGCUGCCCCGCUGGCGUGGAAGGCCGCUUCCUCACGCUGACUGGCCCGACUGCGGCAACGCCACAG